AUGUCGUUCACUACGGCCACAGCGGGAGCAGACAACAACUCCACCAGUGCCAUGUCGUCUGUGUGGCAGCAGGAGGCGUCUGCGUACUCUCCUUGUUUGGAGAUAGACUCCAGCUCUGUGAGGUCCAAAGGAAAGCAAAGCUCCACGUCAUGGAUGAAACAGGAACCGGACGAUUUUCGUAUAAUCAAAUUUGAGAACUUCCAGAUGGGAUCUUCUGAUGUGGUCCAGGACAACACCCCCAGCAGCGCCAUGUCAAAUACGUCCAUGACAGAGGGACUGCCCCCACGGGUGCUGCUGACCAUGACCAAGCUCCAGUGCAUGUUGGAGAGCAAACAGGAGCGCAUCAUUGCUCUGGAGAGGCAGGUGGAGGACCUCAUGCAGGACCGACAGUUCCUCAGGAGCCAGAUUGAGAACCUCACCAGUAACCUGUCCUUACAGACCUUCACAGCUCAUACUUCAAUGGCCGAAGUUCCCAAACCAAGCAAAACCCAUAGUUCUGAAACAAAGUCGCGUAAAAAAGAGCGAGGCUUUUCCAGUUCCUCGUCCAACAGCGACAGUGACGGUGACGACUCUGAGGUCUCUGAGGUAUCGGGCGCCUCCACGGAGCAGAGGAAGAGGAAGCAUCACAAAGACAAGAAAAGAUCCAAAAAGACCAAAGACUACAGUCGCAAAAGAGCCACUGGAAUCCAGUACGUCAUCCACCGCUACAAACAAGUGCUGACCGCCUUCAACAAGAGGAAGAACAUGAGUGAAGCCUUCCGCCAUUAUGGGAUCGACAGGAACACGAUUGCAAACACAGCGUCUAUCGCAGAAGUGGAACUGGCUGGGAAAGACUUGGUUCGCUUGGUGGGCUCGUUCCGCCAAGGAGAGGAGACUCUGGUGGCCUACGCCCAGAAGUGCACCAUGAUCAUCGACAGUGAUCCAGACCUGGCCAGAAAGAUCGACCAGAUGAAAGCCAACGGGGAGCUGCUGCCCAUCGCAGGAAAAAGAUCAAGGAUGAUGAUGCAUGGGCUUCUGCCGCCACUAGGUGGUGCUGGUGAUGCUAUUCUAAUAGGCUGA